CGGCGCCGCUCUACGCUCCGCCUCUGUGGCAGUCCUCCCGGAAGCCCUGCUGCUUCUCCUUCCCCAACAUGGCGGCGCUGAGGGCUUCGGAGGCGGCCCGGCGGGUCAAGCGGGCGGCGGUUCUCCUUCUCCCUGGGUUCCCUCCUGGUCCCGGGAGGCUCCUGGGCUCUUCUUCCCGGUGGAGGCCGGCGGCAGCGGCGGCGGCAGCGAGUGGGGCGGCCCGGGCCCACGCUUGGAAGAGGGGCCGCGCGCCCCCCGAAGAGGAAGAGGAGAAGAAUGAAGAGGCCUCUCCUCAGAUUCCGUCAGUAUUCAACCGACUUCCGUGGCAGAGUUCAGGGAGAUGCUAUUCGCGGCAGCUCUUGGAUGCUGCAAAGACUCUUCAAGUGUGGCCGCAGAUAGAUAGAAGGACAUGCUGGCAUGGACACGCCGGUGGAGGACUCUAUUCGGAUCCAAAGCAAGGGUUGAAAGAAAUAGAUGGCAGGAAGAUCAUCAAAGCGAUGCUCUCAUACGUGUGGCCCAAAGAUAGGCCUGACCUACGUGCCCGAGUUGCCAUAUCCCUGGGAUUUCUAGCAGGUGCAAAGGCCAUGAAUAUAGUGGUUCCCUUCAUGUUUAAAUAUGCAGUAGACAACCUCAACCAGAUGUCUGGAAAUGUUCUGAACCUGAGUGAUGCACCAAAUACAGUCGCAACCAUGGCAACAGCUGUUCUGAUUGGAUAUGGCAUCUCACGAGCUGGCUCUGCUUUAUUUAAUGAAGCUAGAAACGCUGUCUUUGGGAAAGUUGCCCAAAGUUCCAUCAGAAGAAUAGCCAGGAAUGUCUUUCUCCACCUGCAUAACCUGGACUUGAGUUUUCAUCUGAACAGGCAGACUGGUGCCUUAUCCAAAGCCAUUGACAGAGGGACAAGAGGCAUCAGCUUUGUCCUCAGCGCUUUAGUAUUCAAUCUAGGGCCCACCUUGUUUGAAGUGGCACUUGUCAGUGGGAUUUUAUAUUACAAGUGUGGUGCACCCUUUGCACUAGUAACCUUGGGGACACUAGGCACCUAUGCAGCAUUCACAAUAGGAGUUACACAAUGGAGAACUAAAUUUAGGAUAGAAAUGAACAAAGCAGAUAAUGAUGCAGGUAAUGCUGCAAUCGACUCACUGCUGAAUUAUGAAACUGUGAAGUAUUUCAAUAAUGAAAAAUAUGAAGCCCAAAGGUAUGAUGGGUUUUUGAAGACAUACGAAAAUGCUUCGUUGAAGACUACCUCGACUUUAGCUUUGCUAAACUUUGGUCAAAAUGCUAUAUUCAGCGUCGGUUUAACAGCCGCCAUGGUGCUGGCCAGCCAAGGAAUUAUUGCAGGCAACCUAACGGUUGGCGACCUAGUGAUGGUGAACGGACUGUUGUUCCAACUUUCUUUGCCCCUGAACUUCCUGGGAACUGUGUACAGGGAGACAAGACAAGCCCUCAUCGACAUGAACACCUUGUUCACGCUGCUUAGUGUAGAUACAAAAAUUAAAGAUAAAGAGCUGGCUCCACCGCUGCAGAUCACGCCACAGACUGCUACCAUCGCCUUUGAUAACGUGCAUUUUGAAUACCUUCAGGGGCAGAAAGUCCUCAGUGGCGUUUCUUUUGAAGUCCCCGCAGGAAGAAAAGUGGCCAUUGUAGGAGGCAGUGGGUCAGGGAAAAGCACAAUAGUAAGAUUAUUGUUCCGCUUCUUUGAACCUCAGCAAGGGGAAAUUUACGUCUCUGGCCAGAACAUACAAAACAUCAGUUUGGAAAGCCUCCGGAAGGCUUUAGGAGUUGUACCUCAGGAUCCCGUUCUCUUCCACAAUACCAUCUUCUAUAACCUGUCGUAUGGCAACAUCAAUGCCUCUGCUGAAGAAGUCUAUGCGGUAGCAAAGCUGGCUGGCAUCCAUGAUGCUAUUCUGAGAAUGCCCAAUGGGUACGACACACAAGUGGGCGAGCGAGGUCUGAAGCUGUCAGGAGGAGAAAAACAGAGGAUCGCUAUAGCCCGAGCCAUCUUGAAGAAUCCCUCCAUUAUCCUCUAUGACGAAGCUACUUCAUCUCUCGACUCAAUUACCGAAGAGAACAUCUUGAAUGCCAUGAAAGACAUGGUGCAGAAUAGAACGUCCAUCUUCAUUGCACACAGAUUGUCGACGGUGGUUGAUGCAGAUGAAAUCAUUGUCCUGGACCAGGGUAAAGUUGCCGAGCGUGGCAGGCAUUUAGAUCUCCUCACCAGUCCCAGCAGCCUCUACUACGAAAUGUGGCACACGCAGAGCAGCCGAAUGCUGAACAGAAACCCCGAGGAGCGGUGGGAGGAGAGAAGCAGCCACAUGUCCAAGGAGGAGGAUAGGAAGAAGCUGCAAGAAGAAAUCAUCAACAGCGUGAAGGGCUGCGGCAACUGUUCCUGCUGAGAUGGGAGCAUGUUCCCUUCCUCCAAAGCAGCUCAACGCCAGCACAAGACGUUUGCGCUGUGAAGACGUUUCCUGCAUCCUACAGAAUAAACAAUCCAGUCAUUUUUAAAAAGCCUCUUUGGACGGCUUCUUCUCCGUGGAACGUAAUUUCUUGAACCAAAGGAUUCUGCAUUCGUCUCUCAGCCCCUCAACUGAGAUUGGUGGGAACAGUUGAAACUAUCUCAGAAUAAUCCAAUUCACAAAUGUUUUUGUUGAUAAUCCAAGACCAGGUGUACACUUUUUCCUCCCAGAAAUGGUUUAUAACAUGGCAUAGAUAUCCCUGCUGUUUGGUGAGAAUUUAGAUCUCAGCUACACUAUCCUCUUGGGUUAAAAAAUGUUUUUAAUACAUCGAUUUUAACAAGAGCCAGUUAAUUAAAGUGUGUAUGCGUGUGCACAUGUGUGUGUGUGUACUAAUGGGGAAAAUGACACAAUUGCCUUUCAUAAAGAACUGUGGGGUUUGAUAGAAUUUAUAUCCUUUUAUAAAGAAGACUGGACAGCCAGCUCACAGCAAAUACAUUUCUGCUUUGUCCCUCGACACAGUUCCUCAUUUUGCCCCUGAAAGGAAUUCAUUUUGUGAGAACUCAAAUGUAAAAAUGAUGAGAAGUGUACAUAUGAUAAACUUCCCAAGGCAAAAUAAUAAAGAUUGGCCUGCUAUUCAUAGAAAUAGGCAAAGAAAUGGCUCUGUUAAAUUCUAAUGAACAUUCAGUAUCAAAUUCUAAGAGUUGCUGCCCAAGCAAUAAUUCAGGUUUCUGUAGCCAGGUGCAGACUGUCUUCAAACAGUCAAGCAAAUUUGGGAAUACCCAUCCAUUGGACUCCGAUUCUGUUGAUAAGAACUGAUGAAGAAAAGGUUAUUUGUUGGAAAAAAUGAUAAUGUUGGUGCAUUGAUUAAAAAUUACUGUUCAACAGACAUAACAGUUCAAGGGUGACUAUCCUCCCAGUUAUGUGUGAAAGCCUUGCUCAAAGCGGGGACAGUUCCACAUUACUUUUAAUGGAGGACCUACCUUCUCCUGUUCUCUAACUGGAUGCAUCACCUUCAAAUGGAGAAUAGCAGAAGCUACCAGAAAGAAAACUCUCUCUCUCUCCUUUCUGACAUGAGCAGCUGAUGAAGUUUUCUGUCGCUGCUUCCUCUGUUCCCGUCGUGUGGAGUCACGGUGGGAGUCUGAGAGGAAGGGGGGAACAUCACAUCAGUUUAUGCUCCUACGUGUUGAAAAAUGGUGUACAUAUCUUGUAUUUCUGCUUCUGUUUUCUCUCUCUCUCAUGCUUUGACGGUGGGAAAGCACAAGCCUCACAUGUUCGGCUCUUGUAAUGGAGACCUAUGCCGUUCUUGAGAAAUAACCUUUCUUGUACACAUUUGGAUGUAAAGAUUGUUUUUCUCAUCCAUUACACUGAGGUGUGCCACUCUAACCGCACUGGAAAAUGAAUGAGGAAGUCCACACGGCACGCGCAUGGGACGUUGCAUAUACGCUGGGUUCAUUAUGCUCAGCAUCCCUGACUACUAGCAGUUUAUUUCAAGGAAACUGAAUCCUUAUCAAUUCUAUCUAUAGUGUUUGGACUCGUAAAAGCAACCCCCACCCCCCAAAAAACACCACCACCCACAAUUUUUUAACUUGAUUUAAGGCACUAUGGAAGCAAAGUAAUUUCAGAGUUAUUUUCCAGAAGAUGAGAGUUGGAAUGCAGAAGUCUGGGUUUUUACUUCUGUUUUAUAAGUAAUAAAGAAGAUUACCUUUUGUCUUGCCGGCUAGAUUGGCUUUUCCAAGCCAUAAGGAUAGGUUGGCCCCUGGCACCCAUGACCCCCAGCUAGCAAUGGGGAUGAUGGGAAUUGGAGCCCAACACACUUAAAGGAACUUGCUUUGAUGGGCUGGGUGCUUGUCUUGACUUUUUGUGGGAUCAGAUUGGCAGCUCUGUCCAAGAGAUGGUUCAGUGUGGAGUGAAAUGGUUUCCAAUUAUGAUCUGUUCUCUCUCCGCCGUUUCACAUACGCUGAUCAUCCUAUUUAUUUCAAACAUACUUAACUCUUCUCCUUGAAGAAACGGAUGGAUAGCUGCAGGGGAAGAAGAACCAUCCUUUUUGUAGCUGGGCACAUUCUGUAUCUUUUGGACAUUAAACACUAGAUGGAAAGCUAGGCGCCAGUUCUGAACCCCCAUCCUUAUUCUGAAAAGCCAUAUUUCUUAAUGUCUUCCGUGUUUUGGCUCAGGCGAGACAAAAGGAGGAAAAGGAGAGUAAGAGUCCUUGUCCCUUGCAGGAUUUAUUAAUGUACACUAAAUCAUUUUGAAAUCUGUAAAGUUUAUUUUCACAAACAAUUAAAAAACAAGGAGGAAGUUGACAAAUGCAUGAUGGACUUUGAACUAAGCUCACUGGGUUUUAUUUAAACCGUGAUGCCCACACUUUGGUCCUCUAGAUGUUUUGGACUUCAGCUCCCAGAAUUCCUAGCAAUUGGCCAAGCUGUCUGGGGCUUCUGGGAGUUGAAGUCCAAAACACUGGGAAGACCACAAUUUAGGAACCACUGAUCUAGAGGAACCUUGGUUUUGCCUUUUGUGAACAACAGCCUCAUAAGGCCAUUGAAUAUUGGAGGGUUUUUAGGCUCUUAUGCCAGUCACAUUUUUGUGAAAUACAGCAAAUCUGCUUAAAAGUGCUAUAGCUAUAAACUACUAUCCCUUAACUGUUUUAAGUAUCUUUCCAUGGUCCUUGAGUUGGGGACGGAUCGGAGAUAGAAUUGGGAUGAUGAUAGUUGGCAUCUCAGGGUUAUUGGGUUCCCAUGUUCAGAUCAAUGCAGGGCUCCCCAGUUCACUGGUUACCUUUUGCUAGCAAAUGUACAAAGGAUCUCCAAUACGAAGAAAUAUGUGAGCAGUUCCUCUCUGUGUGUUUUUGUAGAAGAGAAUGGCUCAUUGCUUUAAAAACUGCUCACUUCUUCUAACAUCUUGGUUGUCGGAUGCCAAAAUGAAUUGGCUCACGGUUUCUCCUUAAACACAGAACUUGACGUAAUACCAAGAAACCGGCGUCUUGGCUGUCGGCGUGAUUUCAUACUUCUCCGUGGAUUCUAUUGGGUUCAUUUCCCAACUUUGACAGUUAAUUGUAUCAUUUAAAAAAGGAAAAAACUCUUAGAAAUUCAGGUUUUAACUAGUGGACAGGCCUUUAUUUCAGUCUUGUGACUUGUAAAGUACAUAUAACUAACGUCCAAAAGACAAAGCAAAACCUCAUAAUAACCUUAUUGUAUAUGAAAUGUCUGUCGUGACGCCUUCUUCUCACAACUUGUGCCCAAUGUGUGUAGAUAAUUGUUACUGGAAUAAAUGAUUUCUUUCUUUCUGAACAGAA